CCGUGACCCAUGUCCCCUAAAACCCUUCAUGUACCUUUGCUCUUCUUGGUCGCUCUGGUUCGCGUUUCUGAGUUUGUUGCUCAAAAAUGAGUACCCGCGCUUUUGGACUUGCUAAGUAUUUGAGAGUCUCUGUUCCUAUCUUGCCUACUUCCUCACUUGUGAUGAAUGUUCGAAGAAGCUCCAACUUGUGGUGCUCCACUGAAUCAGCCGGUAGUGAAGGUGAAAAUGGGAAGGAUGAUAAAAUUGAGGAAGAGUUUGAUGACAUUCUUGGUGUGAAUGAAGAACCGGAUUUACAACCUCAUGGUGUGGAUCCCAAGAGAGGUUGGGGUUUUCGCGGUGUGCAUAGGGCAAUUAUUUGUGGAAAAGUUGGGCAAUCUCCCGUGCAGAAGAUCUUGAGGAAUGGCCGAACUAUAACCAUCUUUACAGUUGGAACAGGAGGCAUGUAUGACCAAAGAAUAGUUGGAGCAUCAGGCUUGCCAAGGCCUGUUCAGUGGCAUCGAAUCGCUGUGCAUAAUGAAACACUUGGCACUUAUGCAGUUCAAAAAUUUGUAAAGAACUCAUUGGUGUAUGUUGAAGGUGAUAUUGAAACUAGGGUUUACAAUGACAGUAUCAGUGGUGAAGUAAAAAAUGUUCCAGAGAUAUGCAUCCGUCAUGAUGGAAGGAUUCGCCUUAUGAUGAUUGGCGAGAGUGUCAGCAAUAUUUCCUUGGAUGAUCUGCGAGAAGGAUUGCUUUAGCCAAGUGUCAUUUUUGCACAUUAUGGACAUCUUGCCCUUGAAAAGGAGUGCUGCUUAUGCAUCUGACUUUCAUAGGAAACAUAUCUUAUUUUUAUCUCGAAUUAUAAGUCAGUGAAAAGAGGUGCUUGGGAAUUUUAAAGCUUUCUCUAAAUGAUCCUUCACCUCUCUAUUAGUUAUAUUUUCGCCUCCUAAAUCCUUGUGACCUUCUGUACGUCUGUCUUUUUGUUUCUUAGGGAGAGGAUACGAUUGGUAAUGUAAUUUAUUAGUCACUAUUGAAGUAAUUUUUUUCAGUUUACAGUCACACUCAAAUGUUCUUUAGUCCCCAUUAAUUUUUUCUUGUUUUCUGUCA